AAACCACCUCUUCCUUACACGAAUAAGGAACGCCGGUGGCAAUUACAAUUACAAAUGAUUUCGCGUUUUUAACUCCAGUGGUUAAUUUCGUUGAGAUUUAUUUUGGUGGUUUUGUGCUUUGUGUCUUCCGUGGAACUUUCAGUGAUAUGUUAUCGAGUGUACCCGAUUUACAGUGUUGAGUGUCAAGCGGUAUUCGCGAAUAUUCCGCAAAUUGUACAUACAGCUUAGUUCCCUUAGCUUAGUUUAAACGGUAAUAUUAUUUUCGGAGGGAUUUAAAGAGGCAACAUAAGAUUCCAACACAUGCAAAAGACAAUUCCGAUCAACAUUUAUAAAUAAACAAUUGAACAGUGCGAAUUCAAAAUGAGUUCCCGUGACUUUUACAAAGUGAAUUAUAAUAAAGACUCGACAAUCUCAUUGGACAGUCAAGACAUUCUUGAUAACGACACUGAAUUCAACGCGAAUCAGUUCAAGCUUUACGAUGACUUCACAACGGAUUUGCGCAUCAGUUUCAACCCUAUGAGGAACUAUCAUGAUUAUGCAAACGAAGUCGCUUCGAGGGGUUACCAUGAGGCCCGGGAGAGGAGACGAGGGGACCCCAACGACUCUGGAGUCGAUAUGGAGAAUGGAAACCCUCUAGAUGAAGCUGCAAAAGAUAAUGAGCUGUUGGAGAACGAAGUGAUGGUAGAUCCUUGGAGCAGCAUGGACUCCUCGAAUUCACCGUUAACCGACUCCGUACCUUCGGCGAGUGACGACUGUACCCCCUCCACAUCGAGCGAGCCGCGCGGACACUCAGAUGCCUCCCCCCUAUCCCCCGACGCGCGCCGCUUACCAAGCUCUAAAGACAAACCCAAAAUUCCACAGAAGAAAGACAAGGCGCGAUCCCGUGACCUUACGUUGGAGUUAGAUCCCUUGGAGCCCCUCCCCCGCCGGCACUUCCUCGAUGAUGACUACCAGCCGUCCAAAUCUAAUGUCGAGUGCCGUAUCCCCAAACCUCACUUCCUCGACCACUCCCCGUCGCCGGACGAGUUGGACGAGCGCAGUGACAUUACAAACCCUAACUUUUUGGACGACGAGGUAGACGGCGAUGACCAAGCACAAAGAAAAGCCGGCGCUCUACCGAAGCGGCCAGCUAAACCCUCUACUUUUACUCAAGAGGACCGACCACACAGGACCAAUUAUAGAACAACAUUACAUUAUGGGCUGGAGAAUGCGGCGAGAUCCAGCGAGCGCGACAAACGAGCAUCACAGCUGUACAGAGGAACAUGGCCGGGUGAGCGCGACGUCUGGACCGCGCACGACUCCGCCAGUGUAAGAAGUUUCUCCAGCAAUGGCUCUGACGGCCCGAGACCCGCAUCCAAUUUAGAAAACAAAAUGGAAUGCGUAUGCUCUCUUAUAUCUCUGCUAAGUUUAUCACCAGAAAACAACGCAGAUUUGAGCGGUCCUCUGCUAGAAAUGAGUCGUUCCGUCGAGAGCUGCAUAGCUAUGCGACAAGCUGGAUGCAUACCUUUACUAGUGCAAUUGAUCCAUUCUAAAGUACCGAGGGAAACUCGCGAUCGGGCGGCUAAAGCUCUUAGGAAUAUAAUCCAUACUCAGACUGAUGAUAAAGCUGGUAGACGGGAGGCCAGAGUGUGGCGAUUACUAGAGCAAGUUAGAGAAUACUGUUACGUGUUAGAAGAUGUAGUAGAAUCGAGGAAAGAUGGGAAGGAGGCUAUUGAGGAUGACAACACGAAGCAUCCGAGUCAGAGCGUCGCUGCGCUGAUGAAGCUGUCCUUUGACGAGGAACAUAGACAUGUGGUGUGCCAAUUAGGAGGACUUCAGGCAUUGGCAGCGUUGGUGAGUGGGGACCAAGCGGCGCACGGCAGCAGAACUGACGACAACACCUGCUUAACCAUGAGGAAGUACGCGGGAAUGACGCUGACUAACCUGACCUUCGGAGACGGAAACAACAAGUCUCUUCUAUGCUCUUUCAAAGACUUUAUGAUGGCCCUGGUUGAACAACUGGAGUCUCCGAACGACGACAUGAGACAGGUUACAGCAGCUGUUCUUAGAAAUCUGUCAUGGCGAGCCGACACUAACAGCAAGCAAGUGCUGCGAGAAGUGGGCGCUGUGAAAGGACUCACUAAGGCUGCUAUGACUUGUCAGAAGGAAGCGACCCUUAAAUCUGUCCUAUCAGCUCUGUGGAACUUGACAGCUCACUGUUCAAUGAACAAAGUGGCUCUGUGCUCUGUGGACGGGGCGCUAGGGUUCCUUGUCGAUAUGCUGAGUUACGACUCGCCUACGAAGACGCUGGCUAUAGUGGAGAACGCCGGCGGCAUCAUGAGGAACGUCUCCAGCCACAUCGCCGUCCGCGAAGAUUACAGACAAAUUCUCCGCGAGAGAAAUUGUUUGAGUGUCUUACUCCAGCACCUCAAGUCUCCGAGCUUGACAGUCGUCAGCAAUUCUUGUGGAACUCUCUGGAACUUGUCGGCCAGGUGUCCACAAGACCAACAGUUCCUAUGGGAUCACGGCGCAGUCCCAAUGCUCAGAAGUCUAAUCCAUUCCAAACACAAGAUGAUCGCAAUGGGAUCAAGUGCCGCUCUAAAGAACCUACUCAAUUCUAAACCUGGCAAGACACAUAUUAUAGCGCUCGAUGCGACGGCUAGGAAUAUGAAUCUCCCGGCGCUGCCGACGCUUGGAGCGCGGAAACAAAAGGCGUUGGAACAAGAAUUAGAUCAGAACUUGGCUGAGACCUGUGAUAAUAUUGAACCGGCUACGUCGCCCACCACUAGUAAUAGAGAAGAGAAGAAUCUAUUUACAGCAACGGAGAGACAAAUAGCUAUGAACCUUGAAAGGCAUAGGAUGACAUCAAGUUCUCCUCUUAUGGGGACACUGACGUCACAGAUAUCCUUAAGUCACAGCGCUCACUUAGCCAGCUACUUGAGCUGUAGUAAUACUCUCCUUAAAGGUGCGUUGGUAUCACGAUCCACUGCCGGUGGCAGCGCUGGCAAUGUGAACAGGUCCGACAGCAAGGACUCAGUGACCAGCACACAUUCUGACUCUGUAUUCGAGCGGGUCAUGCGUACUGGAAAAGUUCCAGUUCCCACACCAAGAAACAAAGACCUAAUGAAAGCUGAUACAGCGAGCGAAGCGUUUAAGAUGCCCUCGAAGUCUUCUAAAGAUAACUUCCUUCGUUACCCGAGUCAGCCGCCUAUCCCGCCUCCGAGGAGUUCAACCGACAUGAGAACGAACUACACGGAGUCCGGUUACGACGUCGACCAGGACUCGUGCGACCAGCCUGUGGACUACAGCAGAAAGUACUCGGAGACGAAGGCGGCUGAACCAGAACCGGCCGAGAAGAAGACUGAGACGAAGAAGUUCAAGAAGGAAAGUCCGAGCACGUUCGGAGACUACCAGGAGACUGACUUGGACCAGCCGACGGAUUACUCGCUGCGCUACGCCGAGCAUCAGUCGGAGACCGGGUCGGACAUCUCCGAGCCGCCCGGACCUUCCGUCGACGAGGACACCAUCAAACACUUCGCCACUGAAGGCACCCCUUACGAGACUCCCAUCAUAUUCUCCACUGCAACAUCCAUGUCCGAUCUUCGGGUUAUCAGCAAGGACGGUAAGCCGAAGACGCCUCAAGUGAAGGAGAAUCCAGAGGUCAUGACCCACUCGGAUGAGAAAGACACGUGUUCCAUAGAAGAUCCGCCGCGACAUGAUAAUGAUAGGGCUAUCUCGACACCACAAAACCCUACAGCGGAGCCUAUUCCUGAGAAGCGAGGGGUGUUUGACACUAAGUUUAGUUCGGGCAUGAUAAGUCCUGAGAAGCCGGUGAACUACUGUGAUGAGGGAACUCCGGGAUACUUCUCGCGAGUGAGUUCUCUGAGCAGCCUGGGGGAGCCGACAGAGGAAGACAACCUGGCCAAGAAGAACGCCAUGGCCACCGUUAACGCUGACCCGCUCAGUCCUCAGGAACAGAGCACCAGCUCUAAGGAUAAAGAGGGUUCAAAAGCAGUGACCUUCGCGUCUGACCCGGUCACACAGCCUGCGUCAGGCGCCGCCUCAGCAAGAACAUCUUCCCCCUCCCACCGGUUCAUUGAAGACACGCCUCUUAUGUUCUCCCGGUCCAGCUCACUGGGAUCUCUGCCUGAAUGCUCGCAGCAAGACGACCAGGGGUCUGUGGUGUCUGAAGUCAGUCGUCUAACCUCAGGCUGUAUAUCUCCGAGUGAGAUCCCGGAUUCCCCGGGCGCCAGCGCUCCCCUCUCCCCGCGCAUCAGGCACCCGCCGGCCCCGGAACCACCCACUGAGCCUUCAAGUCCACCACCAGAGGGCGGCGCGGUGGGAGUGUUCGUAGAUCGCGCGUCCUGCUUCGUGGUGGAGCACACACCGGCACAGUUCUCCGCCGCCACCAGCCUCAGCAGUCUCACCAUUGACGACGAGCCUAAGCAAUCCAUUCGACUGGAUGUGAAAGCACCGUCUGCUCUGAAAACACGGACUGAAAAUCAAAUCGGAGAAGGUUCCCGACAAGCAAGCAGACCCGCAAUUCCGCCACUGCCACAAGCAACGGCAACUCCUAAUGAUCCCGCGAAAGGCACCCAAACCCCGCACGACACGUGCAAGGUGUACUUCACAGAGGACACCCCGGCAAUCCUAUCCAAAGCGGGUAGCAACUCCAACCUGUCUGCCUUGUCCAUUGAGUCGCACGUCGAGGCAGAGCGUGAAGCGCGCGACACCUCUGAUAGUUCGAACCUGAGCGACGCUGGGGACCUGCUUGAAGAGUGUAUUCAGAAGGGGAUUGCUAAGGUUGUGAAGAACGGUCCACCCUCAGACGUGUCGUCCGUCAAUCCGUACCGGGAUGAAUUCUAUCGGUCACUCCCGCCCUACCUGCGCUCGUCGACGGAGACAGUGAAGCAGCCGCGCGGCGCCCCGCCGGCGGGGUCCCCGCCGCGCGGCACGCCGCCGCCGCCGCUGCCGCCCAAGGACGGCCGCGCCACGCCACCGCCGCGCCCGCCGCCGCGCCUCGACGAAGGCCGCAGGCACGAAAGCAGACUCCCAGUGAAGACACAGCGCAACGUUCGUGAGAAACCCAAGUUGCCGACCACAUCCAAUCUAGCUCGGAACGACUCUCUCAGCUCCCUUAGCCUGGACUCCUUCGGCUCAACAGACCGAGAAAUCUUCGAAGAGACAGUCAAAGCUGGCCUCUCCAGUGUCAAUCCCCGAGCUAAGUUCACUCUUGAGUCCAAUAAAGGUAAGGCUCACUCUGUAGAGCGUCCUUCAGAGUCCACCCGCCACGGUCGACACCACAAGUCUCUGGACAGAAGCGACAAGAUCGCGCAACACCGACCUAAAGUCAAAGAUCCUGAAUUCGAGAGGAAUUUAGCUUCCGGAGCGUAUAACUUGAAGACUUCUAAGACCAAGCGGUUAGACCAAGAAUUCUCUAACAUGAGCCUAACUAGAUCCCCAUAUUCUUAUCACGGAGAAAGUUCCGGCUUCCUAGGCCACCAUUCACGAAGAGGACACAGCUCCAGAUACUAUGAUGACGGCCCGCCUUCUUUACCGGCCAGAAUGGAUGAUGACAGGCGAAGACCUUUGGAAAGAAGCAACUCAUUAAGCUCGCUUAGCAAUGAUUCAUUCGGCUCCACCGACAAAGAAGUCUUCGAACGCUGCGUCAGGAUGGGAAUGUCGAAAGGUCAGCCUAAGAAACGCGACGAUGGAAAGCUUAGAGUGCGCAGCGACGAUAGAUUGGAGGCGCGAGAGUCGCGACGUAGAAGGAAGGAGGUUAAACCUCCUCAAGGCGCGUUGGAAAGGAUGGUGGGAGAGGAGUAUUCUAGAGAUAGAGCUAUACUGGAGGAGGUGAUAGCUCGAGGCGCGGGCGAGUUGAACAAACAGUCAAAAAACGUCCCAGCGCCGCCUGCGGCUCGCGCGGCCGCAGGCGCGCCCGCAAGCACCGCGCGAGACACGCACACUGGCUCUGAGAAUGACUCGGCCUUCGACAUCUCCACCGAUCUCGACACUACCAAUGAAACCAUCGACAACCAAGAAGUCAGUGUCUUUGACCGCUCCAACGAACUACCUACUAUCGACUCUGGAAACACUACGUUUGAAUCCGCCGCCGAUAUGACGGAAAUGGACAGAUCCAAUGAGUGCCUAGCUCCGAAAUCCAUCAAUACUACCAUCGAAUCUGAAGUCAAAGACGAAUUGAAUAGGUCUAAUGAAUCCUACGCGGACGUCUUAGACGGAUCUUGGAGCGACCCCGAGUCUGCUAAGAACUAUGAGGUAGCUACUUUGACUCGUAAAAGCAAGAACAAACUGGAAUGGACCGACAUUAAAUGCACAGAAAGACCACACGAGGAGCCUAAGAAGAGCAGCUCUGAUACUUGGAACGACAAUACCUGUCCUGAUGACGUCACGUUCCCAACCAUCAGUGGCUCCGUGCAUAUGGUGUCUUCUAUCCGGAGCGAGAUAGCAGACCUUGGUAUGGCGUUACCUGAUUUGUUAGAAAAAAGCGACAUUAUUAACGUGUCUUUCUCACGGCCCGAUUUGACGAACAAGCUGGACGAAGAACAGACGGAAACAACUCAACAGCUGUAUAUAACUGAAGAUAGUAGGGCCGACAGUGAAAGGCUUCUAGAUAACGUCCUAGAACCAAGUUUCACUUCUCUUGUUGAUGACGGGGAACACAAGUUUGACUCCAUAUUAUCAUCAGCUAUAGAGAAAGAGGCUGCAAGACUGGCCGCACAGUUAAAAAGCUCACAAUACGGCAUGGAAAACAGCGUAACAUCUCUUACUUCUCUGGAUCUGGAAAAUGUCAAACCACCGUCCAACUUAGGCAGUCUCUUAUCUCUAAGCGCUUCGGGACACUGGGACGAAUCUUCAGCGCAAACAUCGAAAAAGUCGAAAAGCCGAAAGAAGUCUUUACCGGUGGCUCUGAUGGUUAAAAGAGCAUUAAGCAAUUCUAUGCAUCAAGGGUCCUCUGAACAUUUGGACAGCAAUCCAGUUAGUUUCUUAGACAAUGUGAAGCCUCCCUCAGAAAUGGAGCAUAUUGACAUGGAGAGCAGUAUUAUUUCUGUCUCAAGCAUUGUGUCCGAAAUAGCUGAAGUCAGAGACAAGACGCCAGUGGUUUUUGACCUCAAUCAGCCAAUCCAAGACUUUCCUCUAUGCAAUACUUUUAACAAUGUCUUCCAUGAUUUAGAAAACGUCAACCCACCAUCCUUAUUCAACGAAAUGACAGAGUCUACUAUAGAAAUAGAUCCAACUACAGCACAGCAAGUUUAUGAUGACUGUAUCUCCACUCUGAACGUAGUAACGGAUAUUCCUUCUGGAUCCGAAAAUUGCACGCCGAUACCCUCAGACAUAAGCAGCGUAGAAUCCACGCCGAAGAGACAACGAAAUAACUAUUUAACUCCAAAAGAGAAAAGACAUGUUUCGAAAGACAGAUAUCAGACUUAUACGAUCAGUGACGCAGACACUGUGGCAGAAAGUGAUGUUGUAUUAGAAGUGGAAACUGAGGAAUUCAUGACUUGGACUAAGUCUGAGAGCGACAGAUCAGAGGAGUACGUUACAGCCACCUCCGAACUCAAGUCUAGAAGAAAAGUCAGUGCGAAACAGCGGCGAAUGGAAGAUAGAGCUAGGUACCAAACGCAGACUGUAAAUAUCCACAACAUUAUCACACAAGAGUCUUCCCAACCUAAAGACCCCCAUAUUGAAAGUCUGAAACAGCGUUUGGCUGCGAAGAAGACAGUGAAACAGAGACGGAUUGAAGAUGCUGAACGUUUCAGAACCAGAACUUUAAGCGAGGAUAUACCGCCUUCACCUACCUUCGUAACGAAAGACGCUAAUUUUGAAAAUGUCGAGACGACUACUGGGUAUGACAGCUUAUCUUCCAACGAGUUGAACCACCAACAGAUUCACGACAACGGGCAGAGGGAUGACGAUGUUUUCUCCAGAGAUGCGGACAGUGGACACAACGAGGACGACUUUGAACUAAACUCCACUCAGAUGCAAACUUACACUAAGAGCUUCAGAAACUACCUCCCGGUUAUCGAAAGUCCGUCCGCUGUUGACUUAUGUGUUGUUAACAACUUGAAAAACAUUGAGAUGACCGCCUCAUACCGACUAGCCUUACAGGGUGAUAAGAACAAUCCAAGUAGCAGCGAUUUUGCAAGCUACGAGGGUGACAGCAAUUCCGAAGACAAAGUGCAUUCUGAGUCGGAUACAGAAUCACCUCAAAGUAAACCGAAGCCGAAGAUAAUCAAACCUGAAAACAGGCGAGAUGAAAGUCUAGAUUCUAACGAGUCUGUCGAUAAAGAACUAGAAGGACCUAAGGCAAUUCGGGGCAGAAAGAAGGCGAUGUAUGUGUCACCGUAUAGGAGAAACAUAACGAAUGUAAAGAAGCCGGCUAACCAACCAGCACCAGCCAAAACGACUUCAAAACCUGCUUCCACCUCCAAAUUGGCGAACCUCGUAAAAACUCCCGCUAGUGCCAAAGCACAAAGUAAGCCUAGUACUUCCAAGCCGUCAAGCGCUACUACUUCGCCUAAGAAAUCCAUUCCAAACAGAUCCCCGACUAAGAUAGCUCAAGUUCAACAGAAACCGAUAGCCAUCCCGCUAGUCGGUGCGAAACCGUUGCCUUUGGAGCGUCAAGGAACCUUUACUAAAGAGGAAAGCACGAUCCCGCCUAAAGAUCUACCCGUACCUGACAAAAAGACCAACGUUCCUAGGAUGUCAAAAGUGACAACACCCACAAAAGCCACAGCGAACACAUCUCCGUCACGGCUGCCACAACCAAACCGGUUUUCCAGACCGCCUCUAACAAAAGCGAAUAGCAAUCCGAAACAAACUAAAACUACAAACACGAGGCGACCUUCGGACAGCCGCAUCAAAAACUCCGCUUCAAAUCAAAGUUUGCAAAGUAACGAUAGCGCCAGAACUGUCACUUUAAACAGGGGAUCCAGGCAAGGCAGCACAUCCAGUGUUAAUUCUCAAUCCUCGAAAACCAACACUAAAGAUGUGGAGAGCAAAAUCGCAAGUCUGUGGAAGAAAGUUGAGCAAACUAAGAAGCAACCUGCUAAAGCGGACAAAAGGGUCUGGAUUGAAAGUGACAAACCUGAACCACCGAAAUUGAUCAGGAGUUUCACCUUCGAGGGUCAGCCGAAGAAUCAGGUUCCAACGGCUCCUAAGCAGAAGUCAGCCAUUGGUAUUAAAGUGUCUCAAAUACCAAGUUUGAAGCCUAAAUCUUCGACGAGUAAAGUUGGACAGCCAUCUAGUCCUAAGAAGCAAAUUACUACUAGAGUGUUUACUAGGAAGCCGUUGAAUGGACAGACUUAAUUUAGUGUGAGUAGACAGUAUAAAAAGACUACUGCCAAUUCGUGGCAAGCUUAACGACAAUGAUAUACGUAGUAAAAAUUUCAGUCAAGAACUGUGACCAUAAUUACUAACCCAUUCGUCAAUAAGUUGACUUGGCCAAACUAAUUGAGCAAUUGAGAGAAGUAUCGAAUUUGAUGCGUAGAAUAAGUUAAGUGUUGGUAAAAACUGAAUGUGAAGUGAAUGAAUCGCGCGAUUGUAAUUGUCUUGUAUGCAUUUUUUUAUUUUUUUCUUUUAUUGAUUUUUAAUAUUUCAAUUACUUAUCUUAUGAGUUUAAAAGUUUUUGAAGAAAUUGUUUUAUAAAUAUUUUAUUUAUUAAAUUGAGAACUUAUUGAUUGUGAGGUAAUUCAGAGUGAAACAUAGUGAUUUUCAUUAAUUUUAAUUAGCAUUUUGUAAUGUUCUAUCUAUGUAAUGGUAUUUGAGGUAUCUCUUAAUCGAUUUAUAGAAACUAAAUGAAUAAUAUGCGAGAUUGAUUGUGUUUAGAAUCAGAUAGCCUAACUUGAAUUUUCCCUUGUUAGUUAUUUAUAUCAAUUUCGUACCUAGUUUUUGAGAUGACCUAAAAAUGUGUUGCAUUUAUCCACGAAGAGACAAAAACUAGCACACAUAUUCUAAGAUGUUAACUCGAAACUUCCUGCACUCGACUCGGCCUUAGCUGAGCAUUUCGAGGUCUUCCUAGGUCGCCUCAACCUCAACAACGGUCGUCGAGAAAGUUUCGAGAUAACAUCUUAGAAUACAGAUGUUAAACUAUAUGUAACCCAGUGUGACUGUAUGUUAGUUUUUUAAGAGACAAGACGUCACAAUUAACACUAGAUUAAAAUGUGACAGCUGUCUGUAAAUUUUCUUUAUUUCAAGAUUAUAUUUUUUUAUGUUUCCAAAGUGCAAUAAAUCACAGACAAUAAGGCAGUCUCUUGCAUUUCGCGACAAACACUUGCUUUUUUUAUAUAUUUUUUACUUUUUUAUGUGAUGGCGGCAUUGGAAGGUCGUAAAGAAGAAACUAAAUCGAUCGAUUUGAUUUUUUAUUAUGUAAACAUUCUACUUCUUCUCAGCCAGUAAUGAGCUAAUAUAAUAACCACCAUCUUUUAAAUCCUCAUAUUUUAUAUCUAAGUAUUUAUAACGUCAAUACAUAAAGUUAAGUCAAUGUAUUUUUACACCAACAUCCAUAUUCCAACUUCUUUCUUUCAACCGCAUUUUACCAUUGAAUUUCUAUUGGGAAACAUGUGGUUUUGUCAAUAGAAAUAUUGAGAUGGUAAGAUAUGACGUAUCCAUUGUAAAUAACACCCAUAGUAGUCUAGAUUUUAAGGUUACCAUAAUACAUUUUGUAUAUUUUUUCAUAAUAAUAUUAUCGUCGUAAUAUUGUCGGAUUGGCACAUCGCUUCGGAGUAAAAAUGAAGGCAUAGAGUUAUAUGCCUUGGUUGUUACGUCUAGUCAGUUUUAAAGUAAUAGGUAAGAGGAAUUCACAUUGUUUGGCUUGUUAAGAAUAAUUUUACCAAAAUUUUGAAUAAACCGCUUCUCGUAUGUAGUUUGCAUUUUUUGGCUUUUCUCAGGUAUGUAGUAUUCGCUGAGUCGAUAUGUCCGAAUAUGAAAGUAAUGUUUGGUUAUAAUAUUGAGAAUGAGAUGACUUUUACCGUCACAGUCACUACUAAAAAAACUUCUUUGAAGAAUAGUAGUGACUGUACUACAAAAUAGGUCCCUAUUAGCUUCCCCAAUCAUGUCACUAUCAUGAAAAGUACUGAUUUGUUUACGAUACACGUAGGGCGUUGCGUAAAUACUAGAAUAUUUGUUUAACAUAAUACCUGAUGUAGUUAGCCAUCUCUUUUCAUCUCGUAAGCCAGUUUAGUUAAAUAAUAGAUGUAAGGUGCGUACUUGGUGGUAAUAAAUGACACUUACUGAA